GCCGAGGCGGCCAUGGCGGCGGGGCGGGCUGAGGCCCCCGUGGCGCCAUGGUGACUGCGGGGAGCCCCCACCUGCGCCGGGCUGAGAACAUUUACAGAUGACAGAAGACCUUUUACAAUCAAGCCUUUGGCAACUAUGGCAACCCAUUGGACCAGAGCCUUUCUCAUCUUUCUAGCAUCUCAAGUACUGUCCGUAAACAGCUUUGAGGAAGAGGAAGUUCCUGCAGAAUGGGUACUCCUGCAUGUAGUUCAGGGUCAGAUUGGCGCUGGAAAUUAUAGUUAUUUGAGACUGAAUCAUGAAGGGAAGAUAAUACUCCAGAUGCAGAGCUUAAAGGGCGACGCAGACUUGUAUGUAUCUGAUACUACGCUUCAUCCGAGUUUUGAUGACUAUGAGUUACAAUCUGUUACUUGUGGCCAGGAUGUUGUUUUUGUGCCGGAACAUUUCCAACGCCCUGUGGGAAUAGGCAUCUAUGGGCACCCGUCACACCUCGAAAGUGAAUUUGAAAUGAAAGUAUAUUAUGAUCAAACAGUUGUAGAGUAUCCAUUUGGCAAGGCUUCGUAUGGUACAGAUGGUUCAGAGACAAGCCAUAGGCAAUCUUAUGCACCAGAAGAGACAUCUCAAGAAGAGGAGUCGGUCGUUUGGACAAUACUAAUUGGAAUUUUGAAACUAAUACUUGAAAUUCUUUUCUAAUACCAUCAUUGGAUACCCUGGAAUAUGGAACCUGUAACCUGUUAAAUCGAUAGUGUUUGCUGUGAACAUUUUUAUAUAUAUAUACAUAUAUAUAUAUUUCAAAAAGUGGGGGUAAGGGUGCCUUUUUUAUAUGGGGGAGGGUGGGAAAAUAAAGCCAUAUUUACUUUUGUAUUUAACUCCACAACAUAGGAAAAACAGCAAGCACAAUAUUUGUAAUUUUGUCUAUAAAGCUGGAGAAUGUACAAUAAAGUAACUGCAGAAAUUUCAUCAUCUUGAACCAUUUUUCAAAGUUAAAGGAAAAUGCACUUCAGUGGGUUGGUCUUAUGUAAAAGUCUUAUCCAGUUGGAAUUUAAUUUUUAUUUUGUAAAAUCGCAACAGAUGUUACAUUUUGAUCAUGGAAAGCCAACUUAAGUGAAGUUUUUUUAAUAUUUUUUGCACUUUAAGGUUAGAAGUGGGGAACAACUAACCUCCAUGUGGACUGUACAGCUGGCCAAGAAUAAUCCAGUAAUAAAUUAAAAAGGUGAUUAGUUCUUGCUUGAGAUUAUAGUAAAGACUCACUUUAAUUAUGCUCAAGAAGUGUGGCAUUGUCCUCUAUUUUAUUUUUCUGAUACGGGAAAAUUAAUCACUAGGAGUAGAAAUAGUAGAGAACAAGUCAGAUUAAGUAGCAUGAAUGAAAUUUGUGUUGAGAAAUAGUCAGUAAACAAUUAGGAUUCUAAAACUGAGUAAUAAGUGAUAGUGGGAAUAGCAAAUUGAUCAUUUUUAUUUCUUUACGGAUGGCACAACUAAACUAGAAAAAAAAGAAGACACUAACUUUUCCAGCUACCGGGAAAAUAUUUUAGACAAUUGGGUAUUUUUACUAGAUUCCCAUCAUGUCUUCCUUUGACAAUUUGAUGUUCUUUUGUAGUAACUUACCUUAAUGUGUUACAGAAAACCAAACUGCUAUGCGAAGAGGUAUUUAUUUUGUCUUUAGUGUAUAUGUCCACGGAUUACUUGGCUUCAGGGCCUAGAUUUCUGAUAUAUUUUCUUCAGUGCUUUUCGGUUCAAGAACAAAUAAGUCUAUCAAUAAAUAUAACUAGGAUCAAUUUGAAGAAUUAAAAUAGCAUCAAAAGUUUUAUUGAAAAAUGAAGUGGUGUUUUCCAUAAAGUGGUAGGUUAAGUGGCACCAAGUUUGUCAAUUUAAAUGCAUGUCACAGCAAUACGAUAAGAAUUCCCAUUUUAUCCUUCCUUGCUGUUUUUUCCCCGUCUUCCCCCUUUCCUGGGUGUUAGGGGAGCUCUUUGACAACAAUCACAAAUCCAGCGACCUAGAAAGGAAAUAGUUGGUCAGUAACAAGGCUAUUACUGUUCCUUAAUGAAAGCGUUGUUUCAUUAGUUUUGUCACACCUUAGACCACGUUUAAACUAAUUUAAUAGCGGGGGGCGGGGUGUAAAUUUUUUUAUUAACUUAAUUCACCCAGUGUAACUGCUGAAAAGAACCUUCUAAAACUAUCACUGUUCGCUUUGUACCUGAGAUUAAUUUGUCAUCUCCCACUGUAUUGCUCACCUUAAUUGUGCUUCCUGUCUGAAAAUGCUAUCAUGAAACUGCACCACAUUAAAACUCAAUACACUCUUUAUAUACUUGAUUCUGUGUAGAUUUAUUACUUGAUGUAAGAUGUAUAUGUUACUUAAAUCUUUUAAUAUGGUUUCCAGAAAAACAGAUUCUACAUUGUAAUUUUUUAGAAAAAGUUACUAUGCAGCAGUUAUACAAUCAAUUAAUAGGGUCUAAAGAGUCAUUGGGAUUUAUUUAAUACUGCCUUUUUAUAAAGGUUUUGGACUAAAAAGCACCAAAAAAAUAAAUGUUCUAUUCUUAACCUUGUGAAUAACAGCUUCUGAAAAUACUGUGAAGAUGAUACAGCCCCAGAUCUAUUACAUCUUACAUCCCUUGGGCGUUAGGGCAGGUGGGUUGUCUUCUUCUUGUAAAAUUACCUGAUAAUCUUAUUUCAUAACAUGGGAUUUUAAAGGUUCUUCCUGUUCAGACAUUUCAGAGUUUCCCCUUAACACUAUUUUUGCUGAUAUAAGUACCUUUAAAAGUUUGUUUCACAGUAACCCUAAGAUGAGGUCUCCUCCAAUAACAGAAUUCGUUGAAAGUGCAGUGGACUGAGCCUGUUACAGAAAAGUGAAUAAAGUACGAUUUGUCCUA